AUUUCAUUUUACUUACGGAUUACAUGAGUAUCCCUAUAUUUUGUAGUUCAACGCCUGUCGAACAAAAAACCGAGAACACAAGUGCAGCUAGUACGCGAUUUCCACUUUUGCAAUACCAAUUUUGUGACCAUGACCGCUAACCCGUGCAUAUUCUGUUUAGAUGAGCAGCGAUUUCCACUCCGCAUUUCCUGCGGUCACUCCUUCUGCGCAGAAUGCUUUGAGAAAUAUUUGCAAUUGGGUCGGGACUCGCGAUGUCCACUGUGCAGACGCGAUUUUAGGCCGGAAAUUCAUUCAUUUCCGGAUGAUUUCUACCGAGCUUCUGCAGAAGAAGGCGGAUCCAUGGUGCUCUUGCCCGAGGCUGAUCUGGACACACUGGUGCUGACCCUUUCGGACCAGGAGUGCAGGUUCUUUGAGCAGCUCUUCCGGGAAGUACAAUUAACAAACAGUCACAAUGCUUGAUUCUUCUUGCUUUCUAUUUGUAUACGUUGUAAAUAUUAACUCAUAAUUUGGUUUAGAAAAGUUUAUUAUACUAAAGUAAAUCAGAGUUCAAAUCCUGUUGAGACAGGAAAAACACUUGUAUAUUUUAUGAACUUAAAUAA